AGCUGGUAAGGAGUUCUGCUGUGCCCUCUGCAGCCUGGAGGUGGAACUGGAGCUUUGAUCUCUGACCUGAAACCGUUUAAACGUCAUGAAAAUUACAUAAAAUCUUUAUCUGGUUCUUCAACUUUACCGGUCGUCGAAAUCUCCGAUCGGCAGUGCUGGAUUAUGGGGGAUGCGGCAGUAGCGAAGCGUCGGGAGCAGCUGACGCGUUGGUUGGGCUCCAGUACCGACAGAGAGCCGGCGGUGCCGCGGAGUCGCUGGAGUGGAGAAACAAUCACCGGAGCUCCUGAUGGAGGCGGUAAAGACACCAAUGAGCAGCAGAAAAAAAACAGGUGGCGAGUUAGAUUUGAGAAGACUGCAGAGUUCCUAGCAGUGUGUGCUAGUGGUGACACCGAGGAGGCAAAGGAGAUGCUGAGAGAAGCGAGAGUACAGAAUGGAGAGGAUGAUAUGGUUAACUGUGCCAACACAGAUGGAAUAACAGCUUUACACCAGGCCUGUAUCGAUGGCAGUAUGGAGUUGGUGGAGUUUCUUCUGUCUCAGGGUGCCAGUGUUAACCAGGUGGACAGUGAGGGUUGGACUCCUCUUCAUGUGGCUGCAUCAUGUGGAAACCUGGAGAUAACGGAAUUUCUGCUCAGGCAUGGUGCAUCUCUCUGUGCGGUGAACUGUGAUGGUGAUGUGCCAAUGGACAUUGCAGAGGAUGAGGCCACAGAGACACUGCUGCAAGAACACUCAUUGACACAGGAGAUGGAUGUGGAGGCAGCUAAGCGGGCAGAAGAGGAGUGGAUCAUGCGUGAUGCCCGCCACUGGCUCACAAACGGGCUACCUGCUAAUGUCUGCCACCCCCGGACUGGUGCUACUCCCUUACAUGUAGCAGCAGCUAAAGGAUAUCUGGAGGCCAUUAAAUUGUUGUGUCAGUGUGGUCUGGAUGUGAGUGCUAAGGACUAUGAUGGCUGGACUCCUCUCCAUGCUGCGGCUCACUGGGGUCAAAGUGAAGCAUGCCGUCUGCUCGCUGAGCAACUGUGUGACAUGGAGGCCCAUAGUAACGGGGGUCAGACUCCAUUUGAUGUGGCGGAUGAGAGUGUUGUGUCUUUACUGGAAGAACUGUCUCAAAGACAAGCUAAUUGGAGGACUGAACAGGCACUUAUUGAGCUACAAAAUUCACAGAUCUCAAAUGCCAACACUGCAAACAAGAAACGCAGGAGCUCUGUGUGCCGGAUGAGCAGCAGGGACAAAAUAAAUGUACAGGACCAGUCUAAAGAACGAGGAGUCUCAGGAGGCCUGGGACUCAACGAUGAGAGAGAAAGCAGCCCAGAAAGUUCAACAGUGUCGACACCAGAGAGCAUUGUUCCUUCUUCAGGGACCACUGAGGAUAAAGAAGUCAAGGUGAAUGAUCAGGACAGAGCGAGUCGCACAGCUGUUGUGCAGCCCACCCUUCAAAGGCAGGAGUCAACUCCUGAGAGCCCCAGUAAUGCCUCUAGUGACGGAAAGAAGUUUCAGGCUCCAGUGAGAGACGAGGAGUCCGAGUUUCAGAGGAAAGCUCGCUCGCGUCUCAUGCGGCAGUCACGACGAUCAACACAGGGAGUAACACUGACGGAUCUUAAGGAAGCAGAACGGAGCAUUGUUAAGAUCAAUGAACCUCAGCACCUCAGUGUUCAGCCUGUGAGUCCCAACAUCACACUAACACCAGCUGAGAGAGACACAGAGCCAGUGAAGGAAUCUGGAGAUGCACAGACAAGAUUAGGAGUGAAAGACCGCAGGAAAGGGAGGAAAGAGAGACGCUCAACUGGUAUCGUUCAGCUGCCUGAAGAGACGGAUGAAAUGGAUGCAAACGAAGAUGCUGAACAAGACAACAGAACAAGUGUUCCUCAGUUAGAUGAUUCCAGACACUCUUCUCUGGAUUAUAGAAAAUUGUAUCGGCAGGUGUUGCAAGAGAAUGGAGAUCUAAAAGAGAAGCUUCAAGAAACUCAACUGCACUUAAAUGAGAGUAAAGUUGAGCUUGAGAAACUCAAACAGAAUCAAGAGAAUGGAUCAGACAGACCAGCCCUGCUGGAGCUGGAGAGAUUUGAAAAGAAACGUCUUCAGCGGAGAGCAUCUGAGUUAGAAGAUGAACUCAAAGUGCUCGUGGAUUUGCGUGCUGACAACCAGAGACUGAAAGAUGAAAACGCAGCUCUCAUUCGUGUCAUUAGUAAGCUGUCUAAAUGAAUCUUUGGGUUCUUCAAAUUUUUUUCCUGAAUUCCUUGGGAAAGUUGCUGUCCCAUUGUCUGCCCAAAGAACUGCACAACAUUUUUCUAUCCCUCUCUCAUCUCUGGGACAUAUGCCCCUGCCUGGGGUGGUUAAACUACUGUUCUUCAAAUUAGUAUGUACAUAUGUAAGGCCUUGUUAGCUGCCACUCUAGACCCAUCAAAACUGGAAUUUUCAAUGACUCUAGAACUCAAGUCCAUCUGCUGUUCAGCUACUCUAGAUAAAGGUGUUCAGUUCUGAUUCAGGGUGUUCUUGUAUCAUUUGUAAUGUUAUUGAUUUCUUUUGUGCAAUGUGAUUGCUGCUUUUUUAUUAAUAGCACAGAUAAGACUCACAGCUUUAAUGUUCUUUAAAAUUCUGCAGACUAGCGAUCGCACUUAGUUCAUGCCCUUAUUGUGCCCUACACUGCACUGCACUGAUGAAAAUUUUAUUGAUUAAUUUGAAGUUUCAGUUCAGGUUUACUGUUCAGUUUCACUUAGAGACAGCUACCAUUGCAAUCAUUGCCUUUUAGCAGGUACCUCUAGAAGAUAGAUAAAUCAAGAUUUUAGGAUAUACAGAAAGUAGAAUAUUUUUCAUUAAUAACAAAAACUAUAUAUUACAGAUCAAAGAAAUGUAAUGUUAACAGAACAGGUUAAUGUACAUUGAAAUAGAAAUGACAUUUUAAUAUAUUUUCAUAUACAUUCAUAUUUGAAUGUACAUAAACCACUGAUCUGUUAAGCAGUAUGUAACAUUUGUUAAAGGCUUAUAACUGAAACUGCAGUGUUACCAGACUUACAAAUGUUUAAACUGAGCUUUUUAAAUAGCUGGGCAAUGCCAUCAUCAUUUUAGCGUAAAAAAAUCAUUUUAAUAUUUCUUGAAAUGGUAAGCAAAAUAAAUAAAGGAAAAAAAUGUGCCAAACAGUAACAACAUUUGCUCAGGGGUCUUUUAGUGAGACAGUAGAUGGUCUUGGGGUAGUGUGUCUUUUUUCUCAGUAUAUCUGGGUUUCUCAGUUUUUUUUCUCAGUAUAUCUGGAUUAACACUGUACUUUAGCUGGCUACUGUUCUUUGGACCAAACAGGCAUUUGUAUGGAUCUAUUUCUCUAUUAUUGCAUAUUUAUGAAUAUAUUAUACAUGGUGAAUUUUGAUGCUGUUGUGUUCUGCCAGUGGUGUAAUCUCUUUUUAUUAGGAAGAGACACAAAAGUGUUUUGUACUGUGACUAUGAGUUUUGUCCUAAACCAAACUGGCGCCAUAGGUCAAAGCUUUUAAAGGUUUACCACUGUUUUUUUUUUCUCCUAAAAUUAUUGCUUUCAGGACUUAAGCAUUUGUUCAUCCAGCAAGUGUAUUUUGCCAAAAAUGUGCCUUUCUAUAUAAUUAUAUAGAUAGAAUAUAUCUCUGUUGCUUUGUUAAAAAUGUUAGAGUCUCUCUCUGACAAAUAAAGAUGAAUGCAAAUGGUUGGGUAACAACCAUUAAAAUAA